UUUAUUUAAAAUGUCACCACGUCUCAAAAUAUCGAGCUAUGUUACUGAGAGAUUGUCUAACAUAGACACAGACGAAAGUAUAGGAUGUCUAUAUGGGCUAAUGUACGAUGGCACAUUACUCGUCGUCGGACUGAGUAUAGAAUUAUAUGAAAAUGACAAAAAUACAUUCCAACAAUUGCUGUUAAACUUGCCUGCGGAAAUUGAAUUAUGUGGAGUCGUAAAAUUCGGUGAAAGUCUAUCAAUGGAUCUACCACUAAAAGACAUACUACAGGAGGUAGAUAUUACCGAUAACCCAUUAGUAAUCAAUAUAAACAAGACAAAAAAUUUGAAAGCCCACUUCUUGGUACAUGAUAAAUUUGAAGAGACAACAUAUGAGGUAUUAUCUGCAGAAGAAAUGUGGAAACAAUUUCUUCAUGUGCGAUUGAAUACUGUGGUACCAUUAAGUUGUGAGGCAGCUAUUUCGGGAGUCAAAAAUGUAAUGCAAAAUAAGAGAAAAAAGAUUGCAUCUGGUCAAGUUUCAUUUCACAUUGAUGGAACACCAGUUUACUUAUUUGGUGUAGCAUCAGAUGUUGGCUUGACUGGAACAAGUUCUGAUGCUACAAUUGGUGAAUUGAUUGAUUCCAUGAGUCCUGAACAGCCGUCUAGAAAGAAAAGACAUAAUACUAAUGUUAUUGAAAUAGUACCUGUAAACUUAGUAAUGAAAUCAACAAAGGACAUAUUAUCAGAUAAACUUGUUAAAACGGCUGUUAAAAUGAUGACAACACAACGUAAACCUGCAUUCUGUAUCAGUAUGCCAUUGCGAGUAGAUACAUUGGCUAUAAUACACCGCAAUACAAAAUUGCUGGACUUGUACACAGUAUUAGUAGAAGCAGCCUGUCGUUCACUCAGACUUUUGGAAAGUGUUCUACUUGAGCAACUAGGCCAAGAGGGUAUUGGGGAUGGUGCUGGCCUUCGUCUACCAGAGACCUUUCAUUAUUUGCCACAGGAAAUUGGUCACUUCAUUACAAAGAUAGUGCCUAGGGGGAUACCAGAUGAAAGUAUGGAAAAAGAGAGGCGUUUACUUCACGAACAGUUAGGAUUAGCAGUUACUAAACCUAUAUUUCGUAGAGGUAAUGCAUAUUCGAACAAUAGUGGAGGCCGGUUAUUGAAUCCCCACGAAGCAAUAGUUCAUACGCAAGUAAAACCUGAUGUAACUACUAUUUCAUUAGUACGAGGGCGAUAUGCUUACUAUCACUAUAUGCAAGAUAAUUUCAAUGACGAUGGAUGGGGUUGUGCUUAUCGUUCAAUGCAAACGAUUUUUUCAUGGUUCAGAUAUCAAGGAUAUACAACUGUGGAAGUACCUACUCACAAAGAAAUACAGCAGUGCCUUGUUAAUAUUGGAGAUAAGCCCUCAUCGUUUAUAGGUUCAAAACAGUGGAUAGGAUCUACAGAAGUCAUGUUUUGCUUAGAAUCACUUCUUGGUGUGCAAUCGAGAAUUAUAUUUGCAAAUACAGGGGCAGAAUUGCAGAGUUACGCGCCUGAACUUGUUCACCAUUUUCAAACACAAGGCAGCCCUAUUAUGAUAGGUGGCGGAGUGUUGGCGCAUACAAUCUUAGGUGUCGAAUAUAACUCUGUUACAACCGAGAUAAGAUAUCUAAUCUUGGAUCCACAUUACACAGGAGCUGAAGAUCUCAGUGUAGUUAUUAACAAAGGGUGGUGUGGUUGGAAAAAAUCAGAUUUUUGGAAUAAAGCUGCUCAUUACAAUUUAUGCCUACCACAAACUAAACCGGCCAUUUAAAUCUUUAUUUUAUAUAAUUGGCAUUAUUGUCUUAUAUUAACUUAUUUUCAUGUAUAAUAUGGUUGUUAUUUAAUUAAUUUUACGUUAAUAGUACAGCAGUACUUUCAAUAUUAACACUUUCCAAUAAGUUGUUUCACCUACAUUUCAUAACGAGCUGUGAUAAAUGACUCUGUAAACACUCUAAAUUCCAUUUAUGCAUUUGCAAAUUUUACACCUUUUUUAUUUUUACACCAUAAAUUUUAAAGAAACUUUAAAUUGUAAUAUGAAGUUAAUUAUGUUUUCCUAAUUCUGUCAUAAAUUAUAAUACCACAUCAAAUCCUUCCCAACUAUAAAUCUUGGAGCAGAUGAUAAAUAUGCUCUUUAUGUUGUAUUUUAUUAUAAUGAUUAUGUAAUAACAGGUAUUGGUUUAAAAGUAAGACUUCAGUUAUAUAAUCUGCUUUGUUUAUAAAGUAAUUACUUCUUAGUCAACCUGUUGGUUAUUCAUAUAAAAUAUAGUGUGAAGUUAUUUAUCCUGAAAAUAUUUUUUUCAUAAUAGAAUUGCAAAUUCAUUGUAAUAUAUUAAAUAUUAGGAAAAUAAGCCAUAUUACAACGCAAAGAACAACACAACUACAUAACAAACAAUUUGAUGAUAAAUUUCAACAGUAAAGCUACAAUUCAAGCUACAUUAAAGGUAUUUUUUCUUUAUAUAAUAAACUAUCCUAAAGAUUUUGUUACUGUUCUUCAUUAAACCAGUUUAUAAGAAUAGUAUUUAAAGUACCAAUCAUACAUUCAUACAUAUUUAUAUAUUGACAAAAUUAAACUGCUUUAAAUUUAAUAGUAUUUUAUUAUAGUUAUAACAGUAUAUUGUUGAAAAUUAUUUUAAAAUAAUGUUAUUUAUUAUACCAAUUAAACUGUAAUUCCGAUAGUAUUUUCUAGUAAGGCAUUUUAUUUAUGUACCAUACUGUAAAAAAUACUGUUCGCCUGUUAAUACCCGGUGUAUUCGUAUGACGAACGCAUUUUGAUACUUUGAAUCGCAUAACCCUUUCAAAAGUGGCGUGCACAAUCGUAGACAUAAGAUAUCAUUUAAAACAAUUUUAUAAUUUCUGAUUGAAAACGAUUGUAUUCAUUUGUUCACUUACAAACUAAUCUAUUUAGUACUCCUAAUUUGUUUUCAAAAUUUUAAGGCAAUUUGUUUUCUCCUUAUUAUACUUUAGACACAUGGCAUUUACCAAAUCCAUCAGAUGUAAAAAAAUAAUUCAGGUCUGAAAGGCAUACAUAAUCCCUACGACACUGAAGCUUAUAAAUUUUGAACAUAGCCCAUGCUCAAUAUUAAUAGUUUGGAUAGUAUACUGAAGAAAUAUCCUAUCAGGAGGCCUGUCCUUAUUGUUUUUCUCUCAAUUGUUGUAACUUAAAUAUCCAUAAUAAAGGGAUUUUGUUUCAAUAACAAUCAUUCUCCAUUCUUGGUACGACCAUGUGUAUCUAGUCGAACCUCACAUAAAUACCACCAGC